UCCAAAUCCUGACAGAUCAAAGUUAAUGUAAACCUUCUAACCUUCUUUAUCUCUGAUGUAAACCAUCGUUGUUUUUUAUGUAAUUGAAGUAAAAAUCGGGAUUUACAAUGUCGAAGAUAGCCACAAAAGUGUUAGGUUUACUGACAACCAAAGCUUCGUCACAGAACGCCUUCAAAAGAUUGCUCAGUACUCAGCCUUCAAAGUUGGUUUAUAGUGAAUAUGGGGACCCCAUUAAGGUUAUACAAAGAGCGAACGAGGACAUUUCGGACCCCAAAGACGGCGAGGUGUUGAUUAAAAUGCUGGCAGCGCCUGUAAACCCAGCCGAUAUCAACACAAUACAGGGGAAGUACCCCUCGAAACCCCCCCUUCCGGCGGUGCCCGGCAACGAAGGGGUCGGCAAAGUGGAGAAAGUGGGAGGCGGGGUUACGGAUAUAUGCGUUGGAGAUCACGUGGUGCCCCUUACAAACAAUCUGGGAACAUGGCGAACACACUUGCUACUGAAGAAGGAAAACGUGCUGAAAGUGCCGCAAAAGUUGGGCCUUGUCGAGGCAGCAACUCUCACAGUAAACCCCUGCACUGCCUUCAGAAUGCUGCGCGACUUUACUUCGCUCAAACCCGGCGAUACUGUUAUGCAAAACGGUGCUAAUUCGGCUUGCGGGCAAAACGUCAUACAAAUCUGCAGAUCAUGGGGGAUUAGGACUGUCAAUAUAGUACGAGAAAGGCCCAAUUUGGACGAACUAAAAGCCUUUCUUACAGGCUUGGGGGCCACUUAUAUUCUAACAGAAGAAGAGUUGCGUACAACCAACCUAUUUAAGUCUGGCGAAGUAGACAGGCCCAAGUUGGCUCUUAACUGUGUGGGUGGUAAGAAUGCUUUGGAGUGUACUCGUCAUUUGGCCCCAGGGGCCCCCAUGGUAACCUACGGGGGAAUGUCCAGGGAACCACUGACGGUACCAACAUCAGCACUAAUUUUCAAAGAUAUCCAAUUCAGAGGUUUUUGGAUGACUAGGUGGUCAAAAGAUAAUGCCAACAGCGUUGAUAGGCUUGAAAUGUUUGAAGAAUUGAUUUCACUGAUGACCAACAAUGAAUUGCAAGGGCCUUCCCACAAAAUGGUUAAUUUUGAUAACUACAAAGAAGCCCUUAUGAAUACCAUGACAGUGCAGGGUAUGAUUGGGAAAAAAUAUAUUUUGGAUUUUCACUCAUAGGUUAAGUCAAUACGUUGUGAUAUAGUUAAAUAAAAACCCUGUUAUAUGAAA